GAUUUGAAAUAAGAGCCAGGCGGUCCUUGCUGCCCUGAGCCCGACUUUUCAUAGGCUGGGGAAGGAAAGCUUGAGAAACUUGACAUUGUCUUGGGCAGAGUGCGUGUAGCAACAGAUCAAAGAAAAAGGAAGAAAACGUGCUCUUUGCUGCCUGUGGGUCUCCCUGAGUUGCUUUUGUCUUGCGGGCUUCUGUUGGGUUUGGUGUUUCCCCUCCGAAGACCGCGGCGUGGGCUUCGAGGCAGCUCGCUCCCUGCCGGAUGGGUCAUGGAAUUCUAAACAUGAGGCAGAUAGCUGAUCAGCUUCCUUGGAUUUUGCUGAUGACCCAGGAGAGCUUUGCCUGAAGAUGGAAACACUGGAGUCGGAGCUGACCUGCCCUAUUUGUCUGGAGCUCUUUGAGGACCCUCUCCUGCUGCCCUGCGCACACAGCCUCUGCUUCAACUGUGCCCACCGCAUCCUGGUGUCGCACUGUGCCACCAACGAGUCCGUGGAGUCCAUCACCGCCUUCCAGUGCCCCACCUGCCGACAUGUCAUCACGCUCAGCCAGCGCGGUCUAGACGGACUCAAGCGCAACGUCACCCUGCAGAACAUCAUCGACAGGUUCCAGAAAGCGUCCGUGAGCGGGCCCAAUUCCCCCAGCGAGACCCGACGGGAGCGGGCGUUCGACGCCAACACCAUGACCUCCGCCGAGAAAGUCCUCUGCCAGUUCUGUGACCAGGAUCCUGCCCAGGACGCUGUGAAGACCUGUGUCACUUGCGAAGUGUCCUACUGUGAUGAGUGCCUGAAAGCCACUCACCCAAACAAGAAGCCCUUUACAGGGCAUCGUCUGAUUGAGCCAAUUCCGGACUCGCACAUCCGGGGGCUGAUGUGCCUGGAGCACGAGGAUGAGAAGGUGAAUAUGUACUGUGUGACCGAUGACCAGUUAAUCUGUGCCUUGUGUAAACUGGUUGGGCGGCACCGAGAUCAUCAGGUGGCAGCUUUGAGUGAACGCUAUGACAAGUUGAAGCAAAACUUAGAGAGUAACCUCACCAACCUUAUUAAGAGGAACACGGAACUGGAGACCCUCUUGGCUAAACUCAUCCAAACCUGCCAGCACGUGGAGGUCAAUGCAUCACGUCAAGAAGCCAAACUGAUGGAGGAGUGUGAUCUUCUCAUUGAGAUCAUUCAACAAAGACGACAAAUUAUUGGAACCAAGAUCAAAGAAGGGAAGGUGAUGAGGCUCCGCAAACUGGCUCAGCAGAUUGCAAACUGCAAGCAGUGCAUUGAGCGGUCGGCAUCACUUAUCUCCCAAGCGGAACACUCUCUGAAGGAGAACGAUCAUGCGCGCUUCCUACAGACGGCGAAGAAUAUCACUGAGAGAGUCUCCAUGGCAACUGCAUCAUCCCAGGUCCUAAUUCCUGAAAUCAACCUCAAUGACACCUUUGACACCUUUGCCUUAGAUUUUUCCCGAGAGAAGAAGUUGCUCGAAUGUCUGGAUUACCUUACAGCUCCCAACCCUCCCACAAUUAGAGAAGAGCUCUGCACAGCUUCCUAUGACACCAUCACCGUUCACUGGACGUCCGAUGAUGAAUUCAGUGUGGUCUCCUAUGAGCUCCAAUACACCAUAUUCACCGGACAAGCCAAUGUCGUUAGUCUGUGUAACUCUGCCGACAGCUGGAUGAUCGUGCCCAACAUCAAGCAGAACCACUACACCGUUCACGGUCUGCAGAGCGGCACCAAGUACAUCUUCAUCGUCAAGGCCAUCAACCAGGCGGGCAGCCGCAGCAGCGAGCCUGGGAAGUUGAAGACAAACAGCCAACCAUUUAAACUGGACCCCAAAUCUGCACAUCGGAAGCUGAAGGUGUCCCACGAUAACUUGACAGUAGAACGUGAUGAGUCAUCAUCCAAAAAGAGUCACACGCCUGAACGCUUCACCAGCCAAGGGAGCUAUGGUGUCGCCGGAAACGUGUUCAUUGAUAGCGGUCGGCAUUACUGGGAGGUGGUCAUAAGUGGAAGCACAUGGUAUGCCAUCGGCCUUGCUUACAAAUCGGCCCCAAAGCACGAGUGGAUCGGCAAGAACUCUGCUUCCUGGGCGCUGUGUCGCUGUCACAAUAACUGGGUGGUGAGACACAACAGCAAGGAAACCCCCAUCGAGCCAGCCCCCCAUCUCCGGCGCGUCGGCAUCCUGCUGGACUAUGAUAAUGGUUCCAUCGCUUUCUACGAUGCUUUGAACUCCAUCCACCUCUACACCUUCGACAUCACAUUCUCGCAGCCUGUGUGCCCCACCUUCACGCUGUGGAACAAGUGUUUGACCAUUAUAACUGGCCUUCCGAUCCCAGACCAUCUGGACUGCACAGAGCAGCUGCCGUGAGCACUGGGCCAUGUGGAGCUGAUUUCUGGGGGAUUAAAAAGGGCCGUGGCCACCAUUUCAGGGACCGAGAAAGCACAGGCUUCCAGAGUGUGAUUAAAUCUCGCCAAAAAGUGUCCAGAAAUCAGCUAGGAUAGGACUCAAAAUAGGCGAUUCUCCCCCUUUGCUGUCUUUUGUAUUAAGUACACGCUUUAAUAAUUUCUUCAGUUCUUUUUGUAUCUACAGGAAAAAUUAUAGAUUAUUUAUAAAAGAAACAUAACCGGAAUUCCAACUCUUAGAAAGUAUUUGGUUUUGCACAUUAAGAGGCCCAGAAGCGUACGGGCUCUUCGCAACAGCCUUCGUCUCGUCACGCUCUGUGGGCUGGAGGAAAAACUCUUGUAGUUUUGUGUGCUUAUCUACCUUCUCACAUCCUCGUAUCUCAUACCGAUCCCCUUGUAGGUCCUGUCGCCCUGACAGUGCAUAAUAGAAUAUGCAAGUAUCUUAAAAAUAAAACAUAGCUUUGAGCCUAGUAGGGCAGUAAACGGGCUUUCUUACUGUGGUUUAUUUCGAAGUGUUUUAACUGUGAUGUCAAAAACUUACUGGCUCAACCGGAACGGAGAGCAAAAGAGAGAAUUGAAUGAAUUGACUCUGGAGCUUGGACUCCACCAUGGCCCAGUCUUUAAUCACCCUCCAAUGGCUGGUGGGGUAAUGUUGGAAAGAAAGGUUGGGAAGCCUUUGGCCAUGUGUGACCUUACCUUUCCCAGGAUUCAGGAUUCCGGGAGAACAUUAAGAAUUGAGAUUGCAAUUGAGAAUAGUCUCUUCGAAUCCUACUGAUUUUUCAAAACGUCUGAGGCUGAUUUGUCUUUGAUCAGAAGUAGGGUUCGGUUUCAUGACAUAAGUCUAUUUCGUUCUUCCUUUUAGUAGUGUCUUUAGGCCUGUGACAUUGCUUUACUACAUUUAAUAGCUGUCCUAUCUCCCUCUCCCCCGAAUCAUUUUUCUUCGCUUGCUGGGGCUGAGGGAAUAAACAUUUUCUGUUACAAAUGGCAGCACCACUUUGGAUUGACUUUGCUCUCCAGGACAUCAACACAUGGCCCUGACUGUCUCUACCACGUCCAAAUAUAACUCACCCGAAAAACACUUAAUAUUUAUGAGUUGGUAAUGACAAGGGACGUUGCGUAAAGUACUAUUUACUGGUACACGUGCCUCGAAAGUUAUAAAAAGACUUCUAUUAAACACAUCUUGAAAGAUGUAGAGGACCCUCUGUGUUCUAGUAUAGUUUACGAUAGAGUUGUGAAACAAAAAACAAAACAAAACAAAAAAAACAAAAAACAAAAAACACGCAAAAAAAAAUCAAACUAUUGCCGCGCUGGAACCUGCUACUAGAACCAGCUAAUAAGCUGUCAGGUGGGAUUCUGGGCAUGCUGAUCCGGUAAGAUGGAACGGUCCAUGAAGUAAGGCUUUCUUAAGCAGUCCUUGGACCCGGACCAGGAAUCUGGCCUUGGUUCUAUCUUGACGAAGGGCAUGAUACCUGUAAGUGAUUUCAUUUGCUAAUGUAUUGAUCUGAACUACUGGGUUGGCCAUUUUGACUGAACAGACUGAUGAAUUUAAGCAUUGCUUCUUAGCAAUUCCGUUGUUAACCAAAUCAACCAAUUGCCUCCCUGAAAUCCGUCCACAGACCCACUGUUUUCAGCAUCACGUCAUGUGACUGCGAGCCCGGACCCCGUGGGCCACGUCAUGGGUGUUUCUGUCCCCUUCACUGGCAGACACUCUCCUUUUUCGUAACAGAUAGAGUUUAUAUAUUUACUAUAUUAUUUAUACCCAGAUGAAUAUUUUGAUAGCUACUUAGGACAAUUUCACAUCUAGCAGAUGGACACCUCAAUGGAAAAAAAUUAAUCAUUCUCUGGAAACGAUGUUUUUGGGUUUUUUUUACGACAUAAAACAAUGUGUAUUUGCCUUCCUGGACAAACUGAAAGGGUUGUAAUUUUUACAUACUGUUUUGGUAGCUGGAUAAUGGAUAUUUUAAUGCACUUUGUACACCAACAGGUUUUAAAUAAAAGGGUCUAAAACUCAGCUUCUGAGUUUUUCAAAUCAUGGUCGCCAGGUGCCAGUAGAUGCUACGGUUUGCCUUAUGAUGUUAAUGUAAAGCAUUUACAAGGACGAUAUUUCCGUGAAUAUAAUGUUUUUCAACAUAAAGAAGUUACUACUCAAAUUUUCACCGCAAGCCAUUUAGUUUAUGUUUUGGCUAUUUUUAUAAGGACGAGAGGGAUUAUGUUAUAAUUUGGUUGUGGAAGUCUCACUCUUUGCUAACUUAAAAACCUUGUGGAUAGUAGCAGUUACUAUUUCCCUGUUGUCCUAUUUACAGGAAAAUAUGUAUAUGGUGAAAGGCCACAGCGUUUCCUUUCGUUGCUGUAAUGAUGUAGAAAAGAUUUCCAUGUGGAUUUUUUUUUUUUGAGAGUCUAAAAAAAUAUAUGCUAUAAACAUUUGCUGCAGUACAAUUCUUUAAGUGGACUGGGGUCACCGUAUUUUGUUUUCGAGAUCCAUAAAUUAAUACAACCAAAUUGAUGCGGCGCUGACCAAGGCCGCCGGGUCUGACGUCGUGGGUGUGUGAAUAGGUGCUGUCACCAUCUUGAAAUCCUUAAUAAUUUGUGACUAAGGGGCCUGCAUUUGCAUUUUGCGCUGGGCCUCGAACGUUAUGUAGCCGGUCCUCAUAACGGAACUCAGGAACAUGGUACCUCUCUUCCUGGUGGAUACAAAUGAAGAAACCUGCGUCCGGUGUCAAACGUGGCUGGCCGUGUCAUUCAAGGAGGAAUCUAGACGGAUUAAGAGGAGAGCGGGCGUGGGUGGAGAUUUUCUUUCCAGCUUGAAAAAAAACAAAAAAUGACUUCAAAAACUGACUGCAAAUAUUGACGAUGAUUUCAGCUGGAGAAGAGGGAACGGCCUGAUGACGAACGGGCGGUUCGUCACGGUACUGAGAUGUUGACCCUGAACUUGCCAAGGAACUGAACCGGCACCGUCCAGCGAGCGUGGGAUUCGGCUUCGGCUCCAGGCACGUAUGCGGUGCCUGAAGAGACACACGCACGUACGCUCGCCUACGUGUGCUUUUGGUGUUGGGAAGUUGAUGAUCUGGUCUACCUGUGUGAAAUGUUAAGCAGGAAGCGGGAGGAUGUUUUUGAAAUAGUGCUUCUCAGCAACGGGGCGAUUUGGCAAUGUCUGGAGUCAGUUUUGGCUACCCCAGCUUGGGAGAGGGCGCUGCUGCAUCUGGAGGGUAGAGACCAGGGAUGUCGCUCAGCUUCCCACAGUGCACAGCGCAGCCCCCCACAGCCAAGAACGAUCCGGGCAAAACAUUCAAUGCCUGAUCUCUCGAAAAGAAAAGGGGACGCUUCACUGCAAAAGCUUCACUGCCGUGGCUCCUUCAGUUUAAACACUAUUUACGAAACCGUUAUAAAAAUCUGGAAUCUGAAAGGCGGUCCAGGCCUGCGCAAACGGGAAUCCGGUGACUGGUGUCACCGAGAUCUGGAUGCGAUCUGCUUAGCUUGGAAAGGCAGAGUGGACUCUGUGCAGGCCUGCUCCUUCACCUGAACGAAUCCGGUCCCUGGUACUCGAGUCGCAGUGCCACGCCCUCGGCCCGGACUGUUCUCUCCAUUGCUGUUGCUUUCUGGUUCAAAAUAAAAUCAUUUUUGUGGUUCCGAGG